CUUUACUUUGUAAAAUCCAGCCGCGCGUCAAUUCCGAACCGGAAGUAUAUUACAAUAACCCGGACGUUGAUUCCAGUGAAGCCGCUCGGAACUGAAUUUGAAUGGUGGUUUUAUUGGAUGUCAUUUUAUAUUUUAAAGGUUGAGUCUGCUGUCAGACGACGGCAUCAUGGCGCACAUCACUAUCAACCAGUAUCUCCAGCAGGUCUAUGAAGCAAUCGAUAACCAGAGGGGGUCACUCUGUGCCGAGCUGCUAUCAUUCAAACACCCGCACGUUGCCAACCCUCGUCUCCAGCUUGCCAAUCCAGAGGACAAAUGCCAGCAGGUUCUUGAGCCGCCAUAUGACGAGAUGGUGGCGGCUCACCUCAGGUGUACAUAUGCAGUCGCCAAUCACGACUUUGUAGAAGCCUACAAGUUCCAGACCAUCGUGGUUCAAUCCUUUCUGAGAGCGUUUCAGUCACACAAAGAGGAGAACUGGGCGCUACCUGUGAUGUUUGCCGUGGCUCUGGAUCUCAGGAUAUUUGCUAACAGCGCGGAGCAGCAGUUGCAGCAGAAGGGUAAAGGUCAGCCGAGUGAGAUGCUGGAGAAAGCAGCCGAGCAACUGAUGAGCUGCUUUCGUGUUUGUGCCAGUGACAAUCGAGCUGGGAUUGAAGAUUCCAAGAAAUGGGGGAUGAUGUUUUUGAGCAACCAGCUCUUCAAGAUCUACUUCAAGAUCAAUAAGCUGCAUCUGUGUAAGCCACUCAUCAGAGCCAUCGACAGCUCCAACCUGAAGAAUGACUACAGCCCUGCUCAGAAGGUCACGUACAAAUACUACGUCGGCCGCAAGGCCAUGUUUGACAGCGACUUCAAACCAGCUGAGGAGUUUUUGUCCUUUUCCUUCCGACACUGCCAUCGCAGCAGUCAGAAGAACAAGAGAAUGAUUCUCAUCUACCUGCUGCCUGUGAAGAUGCUGCUGGGCCACAUGCCGACACUGAAGCUACUGGACAAGUACGACCUUUUGCAGUUUGCAGACGUCACCAAAGCUGUCAGUGACGGGAACCUGCUGCUGCUGAAUGAGGCUCUGUCCAAACACGAGACCUUCUUCAUCCGCUGUGGUAUCUUCCUCAUCCUGGAGAAGCUCAAGAUCAUCACGUACAGGAACCUCUUCAAGAAAGUGUAUCUGCUCCUCAGGACCCACCAGCUGCCUCUGCACACCUUCCUGGUGGCCCUGCAGAUGAUGAAGGUGGAGGAUGUUGACAUCGAUGAGGUGCAGUGUAUCCUGGCUAACCUUAUCUACAUGGGUCACAUCAAAGGUUACAUUUCCCAUCAGCACCAGAAACUUGUGGUCAGCAAACAGAAUCCCUUCCCUUCGCUGUCUUCAGUCUCCUAGUGGCACCCUGACUGUGGCGCUCCACACGCUCGGCAAGCUCUUUUAUACUUUUUCUUUAUUUUGUACACCAUACUGUAAAACAGGAAAUUAAAAAGUAUUUGC